AUGGCACCACUGGUGGGCUACGGCAGCAGUGACGAGGAGGAGGAUGAGGUUCAGUCACCCGAAGUUCUGGAAACAAAAGAAGUUUCAAACGAUCCAACAAUAAAACCGUCACAGGAGGAAAACGUGGCGGAGAAGGAGGCUCAAGUCUCACCACCGCCACAACCGUCACAACCCAAAGCAGAGCAGCCUGUCCCAGCACCACAACUAGAACCAGUAUUGCCAUCAGGCUCAGCCACCAUGGGCCCAAGUCUACCCCCAGAAGAUCAAGCAGAAGCCUACCCGGAGCAGAUGGAUGAGGACCUGGAAGAGGAUGUCCAAGGAGACCAAGCCCGACCGCCAUUAUCGCCAUACUCAGCCAACCGUGCCCUGCUGCACCAGCUCACCCUCCCCACAGUCCCAGAUAUGGACAUCCCCCCAUCACCACCCCCAGGCUCCCCGCCAUCAGACGCAAGGCACGCAGCCCUCACCUCGAAGUUCGACAAGUUCCUCGAGCUCAAGCGCACCAAGGGCGUGCACUUCAACGCCCGCAUCGCCGACUCGCACGCCUUCCGGAACCCGGAGCAGACCGACAAGCUGCUGGGCUUCAUCGGCAUCGACACCAAGUUCGACAGGGACUCCGGUGCGGGGGCCGGCCAGUACGCCACCACGCUGCCCGCCGACCUCUGGGACCCUGCCGGCUUCCCUGCCUGGGCGUAUCGCGGCCAGCUGCGCCGGGCGCAGGAGAAGGUGUCCAAGGAGCGGGCGAGGGCUCAGGGGGAGGCGGUGCAGUUUGUUCCGGCGGCGGAUCCUUAG